AUGACAGAACUAGAUGAGAUACCAGAAUUGGUUGCUGACUUACCAGAGAAUGGUCAAAUCAAGACAGAAAAAGUUGUUCCUCAAGAGUUUGUACCACUGUCGCUGACACCUUUGGAAGUUACGCGCAAGAUCCCCAUCACAAUAGUUACGGGGUACCUCGGGUCAGGCAAAUCUACACUUCUUAAACAGAUUGGGUUAAAGACAAAUAAACGAUUAGCAAUCAUCUUGAAUGAGUUUGGAGACUCUUCAGUUAUUGAGAAAUCAGUCACUAUACAAGAUCAAAAUGAAAGUGUUCAAGAAUGGCUAGACAUUGGGAAUGGAUGUCUCUGCUGCACUGUCAAAGAUAAUGGUGUUACUGCAAUUGAAAACUUGAUUCAAAACUCCAAGGAUAAAAUCGAUUAUAUCUUGUUGGAAACCACUGGUGUUGCGGAUCCUGCGCCUAUAGCAAAGAUGUUCUGGCUAGACGAUGCACUUGCGUCGAAUAUUUAUAUCGAUGGAGUUGUGACAGUGUGCGAUGCCAGCAAUAUUGUCAAGUGCUUGGAUGACGUUGGUGGUCAUUGGCACAAGGAACAAAAUUUUGAAACAAUUGAAGGCGAGGAGGGGAUAACAACGGCGCAUUUGCAGCUUGCAUUAGCAGAUGUAGUUUUAUUAAACAAAUCAGAUAAAGUUGAUGACUUGCUGGAGAUUGAAAAGAGGAUAAGAUCUGUCAAUGAAGUUCCACCUAUUAUCCCCACUUCAUUUGGAGACGUUGAUACUGAUAAAAUAUUGGAUUUGCAUUCUUUUGAUGCCAACACGAGAUUACUACCAUCCUCAGAAACUUACGCUUCUUUCCACGAUCAUCGAAUCACUACAGUAACUGUUGACUUUCCAUUUUUCAAAGAUCCAAGCAGUUUCGAAAAACUUGAGAAAUUCUUACAACAAGUGCUUUGGGAAUCAGAAGCUAAUGGGAAACCAAUAGAAGUGCACAGAUUAAAAGGAAUACUAGUUUGCGGUAAAGAAGAUGUGCGUGUUGUUCAGGGAGUACGAGAGACUUAUGAAAUCAUUGAGAAUGGGGUAUUAUUAGAUGGAGUAGACCAAAAUAAGCUUGUGUUUAUUGGUAAAGAUUUGAACCUAGAAGAUUUGAAGGUAGAAUUGUGUAAAUAUAUAUAG